AGAACUGCGAGGCAGCAAACAGGGAGCCCGCUGCCACCUCAACAUGGAGUAGCGAGACCCAGGCAUUUACUGCUGAAGAGCGGACCCUGCAGAAAGGAAUUGCCGGGGGCCUCUAUUUAAUAUAUCAGCCGAAGCCCUCGCAAAUGACAUAUCAGCCAUUUUUUUACAAAGUCAACGGAAAGCCCGGGUUUUAUUUGAAAGAUGGCGAACGACUCUCCAGCUAAAAGUCUAGUAGACAUAGACUUGGCUUCUUUGCGGGAUCCAGCCGGGAUAUUUGAGCUCGUGGAGGUAGUUGGAAAUGGCACCUAUGGACAAGUAUAUAAGGGACGACAUGUCAAGACUGGACAGCUGGCUGCCAUCAAAGUCAUGGACGUCACAGAGGAUGAAGAGGAAGAAAUUAAACUGGAGAUCAAUAUGCUGAAGAAGUAUUCCCACCACAGAAACAUAGCCACCUACUAUGGUGCUUUCAUUAAGAAGAGCCCUCCGGGACAUGAUGAUCAACUAUGGCUGGUGAUGGAGUUCUGUGGUGCUGGUUCAAUCACAGACCUGGUUAAGAACACCAAGGGGAACCAGCUGAAGGAAGACUGGAUCGCCUACAUUUCCAGGGAGAUCCUCAGAGGUCUAGCUCACUUACAUGCCCACCACGUAAUCCACCGCGACAUUAAAGGCCAGAAUGUCCUCCUGACUGAGAAUGCUGAAGUCAAACUUGUUGAUUUUGGCGUGAGUGCUCAGCUGGAUCGGACGGUGGGCAGGAGAAACACCUUCAUUGGGACCCCGUAUUGGAUGGCCCCUGAGGUCAUAGCUUGUGAUGAGAACCCCGAUGCUACUUAUGAUUACAGAAGUGAUCUCUGGUCCUGUGGUAUAACAGCGAUUGAAAUGGCUGAAGGAGCACCACCUCUUUGUGACAUGCACCCCAUGCGUGCGCUCUUCCUCAUUCCAAGAAACCCUCCUCCAAGGCUCAAAUCAAAAAAAUGGUCCAAAAAGUUUUUUAGUUUCAUCGAGAGCUGUCUGGUAAAGAACUACACACAGCGCCCUCCAACAGAGCAGUUGCUGAAGCACCCGUUCAUUCGAGACCAGCCCAAUGAGAGGCAAGUUCGCAUACAGCUGAAGGACCACAUCGACCGUACCAAGAAGAAGAGGGGCGAGAAGGAUGAGACAGAGUAUGAGUACAGUGGGAGUGAAGAUGAUGAAGAAGAUCCCCAAGAGCAGGAAGGAGAGCCUAGCUCCAUCGUCAAUGUGCCCGGUGAGUCGACUCUGCGCCGUGAUUUCAUUCGGUUGCAGCAGGAAAACAAGGAGCGGUCGGAGGCACUUCGUCACCAGCAGCUCCUCCAGGAGCAGCAACUCCGAGAGCAAGAGGAGUACAAGCGCCAACUACUGGCCGAGAGGCAGAAACGUAUUGAGCAACAGAAAGAGCAGAGAAGGCGGCUAGAGGAGCAACAGAGACGUGAGCGGGAGAUCAGGAGGCAGCAGGAGCGCGAGCAGCGCCGCCGUGAGCAGGAAGAGAAGCGACGUAUGGAGGAGAUGGAUCGUAGACGCAAAGAGGAGGAGGAGCGUCGGCGAGCUGAGGAUGAGAAGAGAAGGAACGACCGUGAGCAGGAGUACAUCAGACGUCAGUUGGAGGAGGAGCAGCGUCACCUUGAGAAGUUGCAGGAGCAGCUUCUUCGUGAACAGGCUAUGCUGCUGGAGUUCAAGUGGCGGGAGCUCGAGGAGCAGCGCAAAGCUGAGCGACUUCAUAAGCGCCUGCAGCAGGAGCAGGCCUACCUGCUUUCACUGCAGCAUGAAUCCAAACAGCCUCCUGGUGACAGGGCAAAACUCCCCUCAGAUCAUAGCAAACCUCCACAGACCUCCACUCUGCCCCCUGACAGAGCUCCCACCACAGCCCCACAAGCUCAGGUCCUUGACGCUGCUGAUUUUGCAGCAAGAAGUGUUUUUGAGUCCUCCAGAGCCCCACAGACUGUCCCCUCAGAUGGCACCAAAUCCCAGGACGCAGUGCAAGAGAAGACUGAUGACACCAGCCAGAUCUCACCUUCUUCCACACUCCAUACCUCUAUGACUGAAACCCCUACAGACUCUAAACCCCUCUGUGCAGAAAGUUUGGAGCCUGAUAGGCCCCCCGAGUCUAUCAGUCCUCCCCUUCAGCCUGUCAGAGAGGCUGACGAGCGCUACCGCAAGAAUAUUCAGGGCUCCCCUCAGACUGCCCCUCCCCCCAAGCAGCCCCCUCUGCCUCCCCGCUCCUCUGAACCAUACUCCAACGGCGGCUCCUCUUCCGAGGUCUCCGCCAUGCACCGGCCCAUGGAACCACAGGUCCAGUGGUCACACCUGGCUGCUCUAAAGAGCAGCAACAGCUCUGCUCCCUCUCCUCCUCCUCCACCCGUGGUCUCUCGCUCCCAGUCCUUCAGCGAGUCUGGUGGCGUGACCUCUAACUUUGCACAACUCCACCUGCGUUCCCAGGACCCCCACCAUCACCACCACCCAUCGCCUGCACGUAAUGACUCCCAACCCCAUCCUCCCCUCCACCACCCUCAGGCCCAGUCUAGACUCGAACACCAGUCCAGCAGCGAGGAGGUUCCUCCUAAGGUCCCAGUGAGGACAACUUCCAGGUCUCCUGUGCUGUCGCGCCGGGAGUCCCCCCUGCCAUCACAGCCCAGCAACCAGAGAAAUGUUGGCAGCAACGUGGAGCAGCGCCCGCUGUGGGACAGAGUAGAGAAGCUGCAGUCUCGGCCAGGCAGCGGCAGCUCCUCUGGCUCCUCCAACUCCAGCUCGCAGGCCAGUCCGGGUGACCGCUUCAGGCCACGUUGUGAGUCCCCUGCUUCCUCUAAGUCGGAAGGAUCACCUCUCCAGCGGCCUGAAAACAUCUCCAAAAAACAAGAUGAAAAGAACCUCUCCAGGCCUGCUCGACCGGCUGGUGAUGUGGACCUGACAGCUCUGGCCAAGGAGCUGCGCGCAGUAGACGACGUACGGCCUCCCCACAAAGUGACGGACUACUCCUCCUCAAGCGAAGACUCGGGCACCACAGAUGAGGAGGACGAUGAGGAGGUGGACCAGGAGGCGGGAGAGGAGUCCACCUCUGGAGCUGAAGAUUCCAGAGCUGGGCGGCUGAGUAAUGGAGAGACGCAGUCUGCAAAGACCAUGCUUGUGGAAGACUCUGAGAGCGAUCAAGCCACUACACCCUCCAAGGAUGGCACACUGGUCAUUAGACAGAGCACAGCUGACAUAAAGCGGUUGGUCAGUCUCUCAUCUUCCUCCUCUUCCUCGCCUGGCUCUGGUCACGGCCUCCCAGAGAAAAACGGUUUUGCCGGCCGCAUACACCUCCUACCAGACCUUAUUCAGCAGAGCCAUCACUCCCCUUCCUCUUCUACAACCAUCCUUUCCUCCAUCUCCUCCUCUUCCUCCUCCUUCCUCCCCUUAUUAUCUAGCCAGGCCAAUCCUGCCAUGUCCCCACAGAUUCCCCUGGACGAGCUCACUGCUAUAGAGUCCCAGUCAGAGAGUAGCUCCAUGUCCAAACACAAGUCUUCCUCUUCGUUCACUCCCUUCAUCGACCCACGCCUUCUCCAGAUAUCGCCAUCCAGUGGCAGCUCCCUCAACAACAUGGCUGGCUUAGGUCAAGAAGGACGACUUUCAGACCCGCUGAGGUCCGACCCGUCCCGCAAAGGGUCUGUAGUCAAUGUCAACCCAGUCAACACACGUCCACCGAGCGACACUCCAGAGAUUCGUAAAUACAAGAAGAGGUUCAACUCUGAGAUCCUGUGCGCAGCACUUUGGGGGGUGAAUCUGCUGGUUGGGACGGAGAGCGGGCUGAUGUUGCUGGACCGGAGCGGUCAGGGAAAGGUCUACCCUCUAAUCAAUAGACGGCGCAUCCAGCAGAUGGAUGUCCUGGAGGGGCUCAAUGUCCUGGUCACCAUAUCAGGUAAAAAGAACAAGCUGCGAGUUUACUACCUGUCAUGGCUCAGAAACAAGAUUUUGCACAACGACCCUGAGGUGGAGAAGAAGCAGGGUUGGGUCAAUGUGGGUGACCUAGAGGGCUGUGUCCAUUACAAAGUUGUGAAGUAUGAGAGGAUUAAAUUCUUAGUUCUGGCCUUGAAGAAUGCAGUGGAGGUGUAUGCAUGGGCUCCCAAACCCUACCACAAAUUCAUGGCCUUUAAAUCUUUUGGUGACCUGGUGCACAAACCUCUGCUGGUGGACCUGACCGUGGAGGAAGGCCAGAGGUUAAAGGUCAUCUAUGGCUCCUGCUCCGGCUUCCAUGCUGUGGAUGUGGACUCCGGUGCCGUCUAUGACAUCUACCUGCCCACACAUAUCCAAACUAGCAUUCAGUGCCACGCCAUCAUCAUCUUACCCAACACUGACGGGAUCGAGCUGCUGGUGUGUUACGAAGACGAGGGCGUCUACGUCAACACGUACGGACGCAUCACCAAGGAUGUGGUGCUGCAGUGGGGAGAAAUGCCAACUUCAGUGGCCUACAUUAGGUCAAACCAGAUAAUGGGCUGGGGUGAGAAGGCCAUCGAGAUCCGCUCAGUGGAGACGGGCCACCUGGACGGCGUCUUCAUGCACAAGAGAGCCCAGAGACUCAAAUUCCUUUGUGAGAGGAAUGAUAAGGUCUUCUUUGCCUCUGUGCGUCCUGGAGGUGCCAGCCAAGUGUAUUUUAUGACCCUGGGACGUUCCUCCCUCAUGAGCUGGUAGAUGCUGCCUUGUUCCCAUCAUGACGACCCCACCCAAGCAGUUAACCAGCCGAUGACGACUAUGACCACCAAUGGAGAGAAGAACCUUGAGCCUGAGCUGCUGAAGCAUCUUGGCUUCCUCUCACCUGCUCGGGCGAGCAAACAACGGAUUGGACUGUAAUCACAAAAAGAAGCCAGGGAUGGAAGGAGGCUCUUUCUCUUUGUCCCCCGACGAGCUUCCAGGUCUUUCUCACCCCAACCUUCCAGCCGAUCCCCUUCUCCGCCUCUGCCGAGGAUCGUGGUAUCUGUUGAUCUUUGUGUCAUAGUAAAACUUUGCAUCUUGUACGUAACUGACAAAGCGUGUUUGUCUUAGAGGUUGAAGAGAAGCUAAACGCGGCCAACGUUGUAUCGAAGAAGGCGAAUUCUUUGUGCCACAACUUGAGUGUAGCUGUAUUUAGUCCCAGCCCUGUUCAGGUGAAGAUUAUCAUGUCAAGCAUGUCACUAAAAUACUUAGCUCAGUUUUCCUCCAUUAGAUGGUGCUUGAUGUGUAAAUUUGUCUCUCUGUCUUCACUUUGUUGCCUUCACCUUCUUAAAGUGAAGACUUCUUAAGGGACCUUCUUGAUGUAUCUGUUAAAUACAGGGUACUGGGUAUCAGAUUGUACAUACAACUAUAAACUCACACAGGUUUUCCUGAUACUUUUACCACAUUGCCUCAUGUUCUGUAGGUUAUGUUGGACAGAAGUAGCUCCGUUUAUGACGGCAUAACACUUAGCCCCUGUUGUUUUUUGUUUUGUUUUUUAAUACACUGUAACAUUUGUGACUUGCUGCACACAAAGCGCAACAAGGCAUGACAAAUUAUUUGUAAAGGAAAAAUUCACACUAUUUAUCUUUAAUCUGUACUUUAAAGGGCUUUAAUUUAGUCAUAAAAUGAUGUGAUUAGCUCAGUGGUCGACUGGCUGUUUUACUGGAAAUAUACUAACACACCAACAAAUCGGAUGCAGAAAUGUGAGGCUCAUUAGCUCUUUUUUUAUGUGGAUUUUUCCCCUCUUUUAACAUCAGUUUUAAGUAGGGCUUGGUUAAACUGUGAAUAAGACGUACAGAAUAAUCAGGUGGCCAUUAAAGUAGCAUGGUAGGUGAAACGGAAACUAGAGGAGGAUCAGCUGACCGUCCUCCAUCUGCACAAUCGUGACGUGUACGAUCAUCCAGUUCUUAGCUUUGAAGGAGUUUUUAGCUCAACGUGUAGCUAAACGGUUGCCUUAGAAGGGUCUCCAGCGGAUUUAAAAUUUCUCAAAAAUCUACAUCGGUGUACUGUAGGAGCGCUUUGGUUUAAACCAGCCAUGUGACUCUAUGUUGGACCUCUUUUCUUUCUUUUUUUUAAUGACAUUUAGUUCACAAUCCAGUCCAGUUUAAAGCAACACCCAACCGUAACUCCAUCCUAGAAUUGUGUUCAAUUUCUUAGUUUUGUUUUUCACAACUGUAACUUGACAAGGUGAAGCAUGUUUCAGUUUAGACGGAACAGCGAAAAAAUCACACGUUCUUAUAGCAGUGUUACAAAACCACUUCAGAUGGUGUGAACUAAGCCGCAUAUUUUUAACUUUUAGUUUUUAGUCUAGUUUCUGGAUUUUUUUUUUAUGUAUCCCUUCAAAUAAGUAUGCGACUGCAGUGGUUUUUUUUUUAUUUUUUUUUAUUGUAAUGCACACCUUAUGUUCAAAAUGUUUACUGAAACAAUUGUUUUGUUAAACCGUUGUGUUGAUAAAAAUAUUUAUGGUUUUGUUUUGAGGGUAGUUACCCCCACCCCCCAGUUUUGUAUUUUGUAUUAUUCCCUUUUUGUACUAUCAUUUAGACGUUUAUGUACAGGGAUGAUUGGCCUUUCCUCACGAGUCACUGAUUCCUCUACAUCCUGCACAAUGGUGCCCUUGGCUGUGUGGUAGCAAACGUUUUCCACCACCCAAGUGAUGUCUCCCGUCAAACGUCUCUCUGCCAUGCCUCUAAUUUAUGUCCUCUCUGUGUGUACUAUGGGAAUUGCUGUAUUUUCCUGAAGGUCUUUGUUUUUAUUUUUUUUUCUUCAUUGAAUAAAAAUCUGGUGUAAUUUACA